CGUCACGCAUCCUACGUCAUCAGCGGGCGACAGUAUUUUCAUUGACAUGGCAUGCUUGCUACUGUGUGGCAGAUAGUAAAAAACAGUUUUCUGUAACUCCGGGAGGAUGACCAUGGAUUUGACUUUCCUCGGGACGGGCUCGGCGUACCCGUCCCCUCACCGCGGUGCCUCGGCUCUGGUGCUGCGGACGGACGGGGAGUGCUGGCUGUUUGACUGCGGAGAGGGAACCCAGAUCCAGCUAAUGAAGAGCCAGCUCAGAGCCGGGCGAAUCACCAAGGUUUUCAUCUCCCACUUGCAUGGAGAUCACCUGUUCGGUUUACCUGGUCUCCUCUGCACUGUGAGUCUCAACACCAGCCCUGAAUCUCAGCAGGACCUGAACUGUGUGGACAUCUAUGGGCCACGGGGUCUCAGACACUUUCUCAGAGUCACUCUUGGCAUCACUGGAUCACAGCUGCUCUUCCCUUACGCAGUGCAUGAAUUGGAGCCCACACCUGACCAGAGCCCAGAAGAAGGAAAACUUAACCCAGAGAUGGCAGCAGAGUGCGGUCCUCUCCAUCCUCAGGAGCAACCAGGCAGAACAAUCUCCUUGGAUGUCUCCAGUGACACUUAUCUUCUCUUUGAAGACCAGAAGUUUGCGGUCAAAGCCUUCAGGUUGUUUCACCGCAUCCCUUCCUUUGGUUUUUGCAUUCAGGAGCGAGAUCGACCUGGAAGGUUGAAAACAGAACUGCUGAAGGAACUAGGCCUGAAACCAGGCCCUCUCUAUGGGCGCCUCAAAGCUGGGGAGUCAGUAACUCUUGAAAGCGGGCGUGUGGUGCAGCCUAGUGAGGUGCUAGAAGAAGCUAUUCCUGGGAGGAAAGUCUGCAUUUUAGGGGACUGUAGCUCGGUGCUUGGGGAAGGGCCGCAGAGGUUGUGCAGCGGAGCGGACAUUCUGGUUCAUGAGGCCACCCUUGGGAACGAGCACCGAGAGAAAGCAGUGGACCAUGGGCACAGCACACCUGAGAUGGCAGCGGCAGUAGCACGGGCUUGCUGUGCACGGAGGCUGGUGCUAAAUCACUUCAGUCAGCGGUACAAACCCAGCGCCAUGGUGAAGGAAGGAGAUGAAGACCAUGUUUCAGAGUUAAAGAGACAGGCUGAAGAGGCUUUGCAGGACACUGGGGUAGAUGUGAUUCUGGCAGAGGACUUUCUCACUCUACAGAUCUCUCUCAGAAGAUCAAGAUAAUAAGCAGCUGGUUUAGUGAGUAUAAAGCUGGUAGUGUUUUUGGCUAAAAGCAGAGGAAUUGUCUGUAUAUUUUAUGAUGUAAGGUGAAAUUGUCUGCUCUUUGUCUAACUUGUUUUUAUUUUAUUAAAAGACAAAUUAGUGAACUGACAAAAAAGUCAAGCUCAAGGUCCUCUUGUUUGCAAUCUACGUUGAUAAUCUAUAUUAUCAUUAACUAUUUUUCUAUUUUAGGGAAUUUUAUUACCUGUAAUACAUGUUGGCUCUGAACCUGAGCUUGGCAAUGGCAGUUUUUGCAGUGGCCAAUAUGCUUCAUCUCAGGCUUGAUUAAUUUUCUUUAUUCAAGUCUUAUAUUCUGGUUCCUAAAAGCAAAAUUGCUGAGUGCCAAUGUCACGUUGCAGUUAAAUCACUGUCCUCCAGCAACUAUAUCACUGGUUGUGGAGGAAUGUCUCUGUAAGGUUCUGGCUGAAUAUAAGUAGCUGUUGAGAAUUUCUGUAGCUAUUUUGCAGAUUUUUAACAGUUAAUUAAUCAAUGAAUUACAAUCAGGCAGUGAGUGGUUGCAAACCUGAUCUUAUAUCAAGGAAGGAACAAUUUUAAAAGAAAAAGACAGCAAGUUUAUUGCACGCAGUCCCAAUAAUGUUGUUCAUUAUUCAAUCUCUAGCCAGUUUUCCCUAGUGUGACUAGGAAUAGUACUUUUUAGUGCUUUGCCUACAAAGUAAAGGUUGCACCUUUGUGUUGAUUGGACAGCUUUUAUUUUGUAGACAAAUGUUUUCAUUUACUACUUAAUAGUUGACAAGUGUUUGCAGACAUGUUGCUGUCUUCCAUGCAAACUGUGGGCACCUGAAGCAAUCUGAUAGAGACCAAAGUAAGUGCAAAGUUUUAUUUUGGUAUAACACGUGGUUUGUGACCAAUUUCACCCAGCAACAAUCAGCAACCACUUGCUAACCAAUCAGGCAAUACAUUUUCCCUACCAACCUGUGGUUGUAAGGAUUUUAGGCUGGUUCAGAUGGAACAGGCAGGUAAGCAGAACUUGAGCUGAGAUUUUGUCAGUUUAAAGAAUGGUUUUGGGGGGGCUGUAAAUAAUACUUGGUCCAAAAACUAAUGACUAAAACUUUCUUUUUUAAUAUCACGAGGAAUUUAAGCCUCAAGUUUUGUUAAACUGCCGCUCUCAUGUAAAGAAUAAACGUAAUGAUAAAGAUGCAGCAGUAAUCUUCGAACCUUUUCCAGAGCUUUAUUUCUGGAUCUGUACACAAGGUAUUAAAGUACAACAUAAAAUACAAAAUAAUGUUUAACAAAAGAAAAAAAAACAACAAAAAAAACCUCAAUGUUUAUGUACAAUUUUUAUAAACAAUAAAGAUAGCUUCUUGAACAUUUCUCAUAGUGAAGUUUUUGAUUGUCUAUAUUUCUGGAUAUACAUUUUUAAGUUUUGUAGGUUUUUAUUCACAAAGGUGUUUUUAUUUUCAUCAAAGGACUUUGUUUCCUUCUUCAAAACCACAACUGCUAUAUUUUUUUCUUUUUUAAACUUCAAAACACAAUACAAAAUAUAAAAUAAAUUUGUUUAGUGCUUGCUUGCACACACAAGUCUCAUACCAGAGAUAUCAAUAAAAUAUCACAUUUUCGAGAGUUCACAGGGUGGUGAAAAACCUACUUCUACUACUUAAUGGCCUUUACAUUCUGACAGUUUUUCUGAGUCUUUGUACAAACCACAGGUGAAAUAAAUAUCACUGGACUGCUAAAGCUAGAAGAGCUUGGAGGACCUACUGCAUUAUGCACAUUGCAUUAAAAGAGAAACUAGCUCUCCACACACUUACAGCAGCAGCCAUCCCGUUACCAUCGAGACAAAUAUAGACGACGACAACAUGUAAAAACUCUUAAGGAAAGAAACAUGAGUGUCUUUUACACAUGGCUGCAUGUUUUGAAUGCAAAAAUUGCAACAUUGAGUAAUAUCAAUACGUCUUCGGGUAAAGCCGUUUUCAGUGGUACACUUGAAACAGGGCACAGCUGGCAUGCGUGGUUUCAGCUGUGUCCUGGUGUCUGGGUGACUUUCCAAGGAGAGAAAAGAAAUGAAAACACCAAGUCAACCAGUAAAAUGCAAAACCCAAAAUAUCUGUACAUAUCUACAAAUUAUUGCCUUUCUGACAAGGAAUCAAAGUAAAACCUUUUUAUCAACACAGAUUCACAAGUGUAAGAGGUCAGUUAAUAGACUUUUUAAAGGCUAUUUGCUAAUUAUUUACAUGAAACACAGAUGUGAUUAUCCUCUCUGACGCUGGCCGUUGAAACUGAACUGCUUGAUUAAACUUAAGGAUUAUUAGGCAUGAAUGGACACAACAAACAUGAUGUACCCCUGAAACAAACUAAAUAGUCAUAGCACAAUGCAUAGAUAAAUUAAGUAAACACUACUACUGCAUCCAAUCAACUGACACUGACCUGCUAAACGUUUUACAACUCACAAUUAUGAACUUCAGUCAAGCGAAAAACAGCUCCAUUUCUGCUACUAGGCUCCAAAAUAUUGUCAACCGGAUUUCAAAAAGGCAUAACUAGGCAGUACAGGCUAGGCAGAGGUUCAAUACAAACUCAGAGAAGCUUUAAAAAAAAAAAAAAAAAAAAAAAA